AUGUGGGAAGGAGGAGGCGUCCGAAGCCGCGUUAUCCAGAGCGCGCAUGCGCACCCCCACCAGGCGGCGCACUUACUGGGUAAAGCGGCGGCCGGCUGCGGAGUCGUCCUCCGGGAAGGCUUCUGGGCAUGCGCGGACGCCUCGGCGCCCGAGAGCGCGGGGUGUGGCGCGAUGGAGGCGGGCGUUUCGCCCACUCUGGUCCCUCCGUGAACCAAAAUGGCGUCGGUGGGGCUGAAGGGCCUGGUGGUCCCGCACGUCCUCCCCGAAAGAUGCUACGACGAGCUCUUCCUGCGCUUCAAUCUCCUGCACAUUCCAUGCCUCAAAAUCCUGAUCAGCAAGGGACUGGGAUUUGCAAUUGUUGCUGGCUCACUAAUGGUGAAACUGCCCCAGAUCUUCAAGAUUGUGGGGGCCAGGAGUGCCGAGGGGCUGAGCUUCCACUCCAUAUUGCUGGAGCUCUUGGCCCUCUCCGGCACCAUGGCCUACAGCAUUGCCAGCAGCUUCCCUUUCAGCGCCUGGGGUGAGGCUCUCUUCCUCAUGCUGCAAACUGUGACCAUAGGAUUCCUGGUGCAACAUUUUGGGGGCCACACGGGACGUGGUCUGUCCUUCCUCCUCCUCUAUUUCGGAGCCCUGUCCUUCCUGCUGUCUCCUCUCAGCUCCAUGGCUGUCGUCACAGUGCUGCAGGCAUCCAACGUGCCUGCUGUCAUCAUAAGCAGGCUCCUGCAGGCAGCCACCAACUACCGCAAUGGCCACACAGGGCAGCUCUCAGCCAUCACAGCCUUCUUGCUCUUUGCAGGGUCCCUGGCCCGCAUCUUCACCUCCAUCCAGGAGACGGGGGACCCUCUGAUGGCCCUCACCUACGUGGUCUCCUCGGCCUGCAACGGCAUCAUCACUGCCCAGCUGCUCUACUACUGGAACGUUCCUGUGGACAAGCGCAAGAAGGAGUAG